CCAUGAAACCCAAACCCAUUCCCUCACUUGGGUCCUUCUCUCUCCUCCUCAACCCCAACCCCAAACGCUUCUUCUCCACCUCACCUCCUCACCCCAGUCUCGACCACCUCUCCUCCCAGCUGCUCUCCAUUCUCCUCACCCACCCCAACUGGCAAAACCACCCCUUCCUCAAACCCUUAAUCCCCUCCAUAUCCCCAUCCCAAGCCUCCUCCCUCCUCCCCCAUCUCUCCCCCCACACCGCCCUCUCCUUCUUCCACUUCCUCUCCCUCAAACCCUCCUUCCGCCACUCCCUCCUCUCCCACUCCCUCCUCCUCUCCCUCCUCCUCCCCAUCCCCUCCCUCCUCCCCGCCGCCCAUAACAUCCGCAUUUCCAUGAUCAAAUCCGCCGCCUCCCCCGCCGCCGCCCUCUUCGUCCUCCGCCGCCUCCGCCUCCUCACCGCCGAGCGCGCCUUCCCCCUCACUCUCAGGUCCUGCAACUUCCUCCUCAUGUGCUUGUCUAAAUUCUCGCUGCUCGAAGAUCUCAAAAACGUUUAUGUAGAGAUGUUGGAGGCCGGUGUUCGGCCGAAUUUGCAUACUUUUAACACCAUGGUCAAUGCGUAUUGUAAGGUAGGGAAUGUGGCCGAGGCUGGGUGCUAUUUUAGUAAGAUAGGGCAGGCCGGGUUGCGGCCGGAUACGUUUAGUUAUACUUCUAUGAUACUGGGGCAUUGUAGGAAUAAGGAUGUGGAUAGUGCUUAUAGUGUGUUUAGGGUAAUGCCGGAGAAGGGUUGUCGUAGAAAUGAGGUUUCUUAUACGAAUUUGAUACACGGGCUGUGUGAGGCGGAUCGGGUUGGUGAGGCUUUCCAGUUGUUUUCUCAGAUGGGGGAGGAUGGUUGUGAAGCGACUGUCAGGACGUAUACGGUUCUUAUUGGUGCUUUUUGUAGAUUGGGAGAUAAAACGAGAGCAAUGGGGCUGUUUGAAGAGAUGCAGGAAAAGGGUUGUGAGCCAAAUGCUCAUACUUAUACCGUGCUUAUUGAUAGUGUGUGUAAGGAAAAUAAGGUGGAGGAGGGUAGGAAGUUGCUGGAGAAGAUGUUGGAGAAACGGUUGGCUCCUACUGUUGUCACGUACAACGCGUUGAUUGAUGGGUAUUGCAAGGAGGGAGCAGUUGAGGCUGCAAUGGGUGUUAAGGCUUUAAUGGAAUCGAAUAAGUGUCAUCCGAAUGCUCGGACGUUCAAUGAAUUAAUAUUUGGGUUUUGUAAUAAAAAAGAUGUUAACCAGGCAAUGGCAUUGCUCACUAAGAUGCUCAAUCUGAAGCUCGAACCUAGUGUGAUUACGUACAACUCACUAAUACAUGGCCAUUGUAAAGCAGGCGAUUUUGACUGUGCUUAUAGGUUGCUUAAUUUGAUGAAGGAUAGUGGUUUGGUGCCUGACCAGUGGACCUAUGGUGUUUUCAUAGACAGUCUUUGUAAGAGUGGGAGACUGGAAGAAGCUCAUGCUCAGUUUGAUUCUCUCAAGGAGAAAGGCAUAAAGUCAAAUGAAGUGAUAUUUACUGCUUUGAUUGAUGGUUACUGCAAGGUGGGGAAAAUCAAUGAUGCUUGUGCUUUAUUUGAUAGGAUGCUUAUGGAGGGCUGUGUGCCGAACGCAUGCACGUACAAUACUGUGAUAGAUGCAAUGUGCAAAGAAGGAAAAUUGCAGGAUGCAAUAUUACUGGUGGAGAAGAUGUUAAGCGCAGGCCUGAUGCAUACACCACAUACUUAUUCCAUACUAAUCAAACAGAGGCUGAAAGAAGGGGAUUUUAGCCAUGCUCAUAGAUUGUUCAAUGAGAUGGUUUGUUCCGGUAGUCUGCCAGAUGUAAUUAUUUACACUUCAUUUAUCCAUGCAUAUUGCAGCAUAGGGGAUAUAGAAGAGGCAGAAAAAUGGAUGGUUAAGAUGAGUGAAGAAGGAAUUAGAGCAGAUUCGUUGGCCUACACAUUAUUGAUCAACACUUACGGACGUCUGGGACUCUUAGAUUCUGCAUUUGGUGUUCUUAAGCGUAUGUUUGAUGCUUGCUGUGAUCCUUCUCACUAUACCUAUUCUUUUCUGAUCAAACAUGUUUCGCUCUUGAGGAAAAAUGGCUAUAUGGUCAGACUUGAUUCGGCCUCAAACUUCACUGAUAUUGCUGAUGUAUGGAAGACUUUGGAUUAUCAAAUUGCUUUAGAUCUGUUUGAGAAGAUGGUGGAACAUGGCUGUGCACCCAAUGUCAGUACAUAUGAAAAGCUUAUAGUAGGUAUUUGCAAAGAGGGACGCUUGGAAUUAGCCCAGAGGCUAUAUGGUCAUAUGAGAGAUAGGCAGAUAUCUCCCAGUCAGGAUAUCUAUCAUUUUCUUAUUAACUGUUGUUGUCAGUUGCAAGUGUAUGAAGAGGCGGUAAUCCUGCUGGAAAAGAUGAUUGAGGAUGGUCAUUUACCGACAUUAGAGUCUUCCAAGUUGCUUGUAUGUGGGCUAUUUAUUGAAAAUAAUAUCGAGAAGGCAAAAGCCGUUUUCUGUAGUUUGCUCACAUGUGGAUAUAAUCUUGAUGAAGUAGCUUGGAAAGUUCUCUAUGAUGGUUUGCUCAAGAGGGGUCUUGUCAGUAGCUGCUCUGAAUUGAUAACCAUUAUGGAGCAGAUGGGUUCCAAGCUUCAUCCUCAGACAUACUCAAUGCUGAUUGAGGGAAUGGAUGGAACAUAACGUGACAUGUGCAAUCUUUGUAUAUAAAAUGACAACCAGCCCAGGUUCAUUUUAAUUGAUCACCAGCAAAUUUUGCUACCAGCAGAGUUCAGACCAUGAAGUUGCAACAACAGCUCCAAUAAGGGGCGUGUUAUGCAAACACUGAAGGGGUUCGUGAACCACAGGAGUCCCAUCCUAACCAAUAAGGUGAGGAGCCAUGCAUUAGUCAUAAAAAGAUGUCAAGGUACUUGAAUGAAGGCCCACCGGUAGGAGAGAACUUGUUAUGGCAUGCAUGCAGGUAUCAGUGUUGCUGCCUGACAAAUUUUUACAUAGACUGUCUCAGUGAAUUGGAUUGAUUUCAGUUGUGAAAUUUGCAUUUGAGCUUCCUUUUUCCCUGGGGCUGCUCGUCUGUGAGAUCUGGUGUUUCUUUGCUUGGGACACACUAUAUAGUAAUUAGAGGUUCUGGAAACAGAUAUGCUUGCAUGGAUUUUCUUCUGACUCAUACCAAACUAUAGAUAGUUCAGUCUUCUGAGUCAUACCAAACUAUAGAUAAUUCAGUCUUCUGGAAUGCUGAUGGAAGAUACAACAAACCCAGUUUUGGGUUCAAUUAUAUUAAAUUGGUAAGACUGCAUGAAUAUGAAAGCGUUCUUGCAAUUUAUAUUUUACCACAAUUAUAUGUUUAUGUUAUACAAGUCUUUUGUUUUCUUUGAUGUUGUGUUCCAUUAUGUUGCAAUAAUUCACAGA